UAUCUCUACGAUGGUGGAUAGUGUCAAAAUGGUCAAACGACGUUGAGACACAAGAGACGAAGGAAUUUGACUGUUGAUUUCAAGGAUCUGUUUGUUUCCUUAAACUUUGAUCGAAGAGUCUUUCUUGUUUGACACUUGAACAGUACGUGUUUCGCAUUUUUGCUACGAUCAAACGUGUCAGCGGCUUCGCAUUUCAUUUCCCCGGGUAAUCGAUAAGUUUCAAGGGUCAAUCGUCGAACCUUACGCGCAGGUUUACUUGAAAGUGUGUUAUUUCUUUCGUAUACGGAUCAUCUGCAUCAAGAUGUCCACAUCGGUGGCAGACAAGCUUCUAGAUGACAUGAACAGUAUACCGCUAGCCGACGAUGAUCCUCAAGUAAUUAUCCCUGAAGAGGAGAUCUUGGAUAACAGCUGUCAUAUAUCUGAUGCACUUGGUAGUGGACAGAGCAUGGAUUCCAUUCCAUCUACAUUUACAAACGGAAGCUGUAGCCCUAAUAGCUUGGAUCCUGAUAUUAGUCCAGAUGAGCAAGAGGAGAAAGCCAGGUUAAUUGCACAAGUGCUUGAAUUACAGAAUACAUUAGACGAUCUGUCGCAAAGAGUAGACAGUGUGAAGGAGGAGAACCUAAAGCUAAGAAGUGAAAAUCAAGUACUAAGUCAGUACAUUGAAAAUCUGAUGUCAGCAUCCAGUGUUUUUCAAUCCACAAGCCCAAACACUAAGAAAAAGUGAAUAUAUGUUUUUACAUUAGGAAGCGAAUGCUGAAGAAACAGGGA